AUGUCUAAAAUGAUUCGAAAGAUGCAGGCGAAAAAGCCUGUACAGAUGACCUUUCCCACUCUUCCAAACGAACUUGUGAAGUAUGUGUGGUUUGAUCCAUCUGAAUCUGAAGAUGAUAAUGUUACUUUCCGCAAGAUGAAGAAUUCAUAUGAUGAAAUGAUGAAAAUUGCAACCGAGUAUGCUAAGAAAAGCUUUGAUGAAAUGAUGCUUAGUAGAGAAUAUGAAAAAGAAAGACCUCUCGAUUUUCACUUGUAUUCCGAACUUGAGAAGUUCACAAUCUUGAAGAAAGAGAAAUAUUUCUUCAAAUACCAUCACUUUUGUGGCACAUUUUAUGCCAAAGCAUCAUCAUUUGCUAAUCAAAUUGCUAACUUCUUAGUUCAUGCAAUUGCAUUUCAAGUUCCAACAUCAGUUGACAUACCAGGAUUUAAGAAUUAUGUUACCAAGCAAUUUGAUUCCAACACAGAUGCUAAAACCGAUCUUUUCCGCUACAAGUCACUGAACGCUAAAUGUCAACCUAUAUUUUCUAAAUCACUUCCAAAACCACCAUCACAUGGGGAUGUUCAGUCAUCUCUUGAUGAAUCUGCUGUUUAUGUUAAUUAUUCCAUUCAUUUCUGCCCACAAACAGUAUUUGAUGACAUCUUGUACAAAUAUUUCAAAGCAAACAACAAGAUCGAACCUAUUCAAGAACUUGCAACUACCGUUGGCGAUCAAUGGCAAAAAUGUAUCGAAAAUGCAACACAAACAACAAUCCAAACUCCGCAACCAUCGAACCAACCUACUAAGCGCUCCGAGAAGCUCCUAAAUAUCAAAGAAAUUGAUGAUACAAAGAAUUUCAUAUCUCCAUCAGAAAAUCGGAAGGCAUUAGUACCAAUUGACCUUACACAGCUUAAACGAUUCAUCGAUUCUACAGUCUCUACAUUCAAAACGAGCGAUGCAACUCGCACCGUCAUUGUUUGUGCUAUUUAUCGAAUUUUCUUUGAUAUUCUUUACAUGAAAUAUUCACAUUUACUUGAUGACCAGUUCAUUUCUAAUCUCUUCUUCCGUAACUGCAACACAUUUCGUACUAUGACACCUAAUGAACUUGAAAUUACCGAAGGAAUCUUCACCGACCAACAAAAGAACCAACCAUUCGUCAGUAUCGACAAGACUGUUGAUAAUUUCCACAGCGCGGUCGACUGCAUCAUGAGUGUUCAGUUCUGUGUCAAUCCAUUAGAUCUUGUGAACUCUCUUUUCCAGUCGAUGCAGAAGUUCAACAUCAUCAUGAAGCGAAACUCACUCGAACCUAAGUUUGGCCAGUUGAUUUCAGUCAUUGACGAAGAAACUAUUGCUAAACUUCAACUUCCUACAUCAUUUGAUGAUUUCUUCUCAAUCUUCUACGCAGCAAUCACUAUUGAACCUCCAUCUAAUCCUAUGGCCAUCAAGGACUUCCUUGUUGCAUUCUCACAACUUAAGAUGGAUCCACCAAUGGCAUACGCUGCAUCUUUGUUCAGUGCUGGUGUUUCACACUUAAUGUCUACAAAGAAAAUGACAUUCAAACCUCAACCUAAAGACUCAGGAAACCCUAUAUAA